CUGAAAGGCAUUUAAGAAUUGAAUGAUGAUUCAUUUGACAUGAGAAAAGAGAUGCACACUUUCUCAGCAAUGGAAAAUCAAAAGCCUGUGCUUCACUAUCCAUUCCAGUGCAGCCACUUGCUGGAAUCAAUGUUCCUGCAAUUUCUUUAGCUGGCACUGGAUCUGCAUUCGGCAUUAUAGUAGGAGAGGAAGAGGCAUGCUUCAGUGGUGAUAAUCUCCAAUAUAGCCUUCACCCACUACCUGCUGACCUCUGCAUUUGCUGAGGUAACUAAUCUAACUACGUUAAAUAUUUUCUUUUCUAAUAUAUUUAACUUCUUUUCAUGAAAAUAUUUUAAAUAUGUGAAGAAAGGUAUAGUUGUCUCUACUUGUUCACAAAAUGCAAAAAAUUGUUUUUUAAUUAGACUUUGUUCUUUUCUGGAAUAUGUGUGCAAAAAUAUAUCUCUAUUCCCCCGGUUUUGUUCUGACAUGUAGUCAGCUUGAAUUUGGUCUUUAUCAAGAUUAAAAGACUGGGUUAAGGUAUUAAUAGAAUAAUCACUAUCUUCAUAUGGUUGACUAAAUUGACCUUGUCUAAAAACACCUUCUUGUAUUUUGAUACCUUUAGUAGGUUGUGGGGUGGUUUGUUGAUUAAAUGUUUCUUCAAUAGGUUUAGUUCCUGAGGUUUCUCCUACAAAUGGUCCUUGGUAUACAGGAAUAGUGGAUUCUUCAGAAAUACUUGUUUCUGUAUGGAUUUCAAUAUUGGGUCUUCUGUGGGAAGAUCCUAUUGAAUGUCUGGAAGGUUGAUAAAUGGUUGGACUAGUUUGUCUAAAAGAGUUUGAUCUUUUAUAUUUUAAUUCUACUGCUCCAUCUUCCGUUUGUAUAAUAUAGUCUACUUCUUUAUUUUCUUUUGGAGGUAAACUUGGUAUGGUUCUGACAGGGUAUUUCCAGCUUUCUGGUAGAUUCACAUCUGUCCAUUUUAUUGUUUUUGGUAUAGUAAUAUUUGCUUUAGUUUGGUCAAUUUCCCAAAAAAUUGUCUCACCUGUUAAUCUAUUAUGAUUAAUAGCAUUUGGACAUAGUCCUGUAUUCAUUAUUUUAUAAUUUAAUCGAUAAAAUACUUCAUAAAUAUGAGAUCCUUUUAACAUAUUAUAAUUAUGUGUUAAAAUGUCUAAUGUUAAUAUUUUCAUAAUAUGAGGAUCAGUUAAUGAAAUUGUGAAAUUAGGAAAACAAUUUGAAUAUAUUGGUCCAUUAGUUAAACUAGUUUCAAAUAAUCCUAAUAAAGAGUCUUUGUAAUUAUUAUGUCUACAAUCUCUUAAUGCUACAUGCAUACUGGUAUUUAAACCUUCUACAGUUAAUGGUUUAAUUGCAAUUUGUACUAAACCUAUGUGCAUAAAUCUAUAUCCUUGACUAAUGUAUUUUAAAAUUGUCUUCUUACUUAAUAAACUCAUAGAUUGGUUUUCUGAAUAUAAUGAUAUAACUUUUUCUUUGGUCUUAAUAGCUCUAGCAGCUUUAAAAUCGAAUAUGCCUUUUUUAUAUAUGGCUGAAAUUUCUGUUUUAGGAGGUUUCCAAUUAGCUAAUUGUUGGUCAUUCCAAGUACUUUCCCUAGAUAAUAUGGUUGUAUUAUUAUCUGUAAUAUUUAAAUAAUUUAUGAGGUCUUCAUCUGGUUGUCUAGACCUAGAAGAUCUAGUUCUUCUAAACAAUUCUUUGCAUUUUGUGAACAAGUAGAGACAACUAUACCUUUCUUCACAUAUUUAAAAUAUUUUCAUGAAAAGAAGUUAAAUAUAUUAGAAAAGAAAAUACAUAAAUGGCAUAAAGCUAGUAAUUCAGGAGAACCUAGUGAUUUAGCCCAUGAAUGUGAAAGACCACCACUAGAUAGAGUAUUUUUCAAAAAGAACCAAAUAUCUCAUGGAAUGCAACCAAUUGUAAAUACCAACAAUAUCCAGGAUAACAACAUAAGAGAAAUAAACUUACAAAAUAAUUGGACCAAUGUAUCAUUACACAUAAUAGGACAACAAUUAGAUAGAAUGGAAGAAAAGAUAGAGAGAAACCACGAAGCAAUUACAAAUAUAGAACAUAUAGAAACACCACAAGCACCAUCACCAACAACACCUAGACCAAAUACAAUCUAUUUAUCCCAAAGGUAUAGUAAUCCAAAACCAUAUGAUAUAGAUCCAGCCAUAAAACCCAUUAAUAAACCUUUCACAAAAAUGAUACCGCCAUCACAAAACCCCAUUGAGAUAGUAACACUAAGUCCAAAAACAGAAUUAACUGAUAUGUCAAAAUUAUUGCAGAAAAUUAUAAAAGAACAAAAUAUUUCUAAAGGAGGAAUUAAACAAAGUACGUCUCCAAAAACCAAUAUGACAGGAGGCAUUAAAAUAAAUGAACCUAUACAAACUCAAAGUAAUAUACCAAGUGAAAGUACCAGUAAAGAUAAAAAUAAAAUAACUAUUUUAACAGAAUAUAAUGAGACUUCUUCUUCUGAAGAUGACACUAUCAACAAUCCCUUGGAAGCAUCAGACUCUGACCAAGAAAACAAUAUUCCUGUAAAUACGAUAGGAAGAAAUUAUGAUAGAAGACCAGAUGAUUUAAAAAUAUUAGACAGAAAACAAAAACAAUAUAAUGCAAAAAAUAUUUAUGAAUGGAAUAUAGAUGAUAUGUCUGAAAUUGAAAUUAUACAAAUAACCAAAGAAAUGGUAAUUGUAGGAAAUAUAUAUAAACAAAGAGUUGGAGUUACUGAACGAGAAGCAGCUGAGAAUAUAAUAUUAGGUUUUACAGGAGAACUAAGAACUUGGUGGGACAAAUUAUUAAGUAAUGAAAUAAAAACUAAUAUAUUAACAGCAAGAAGAAUAGAUAACCAUAGGAGAACCAGUUAUUGACCCAACAACAGGACAAGCACAAUCCUUCACAUUAGCUUAUUUAGUCUAUAAUCUUAUCUCACAUUUUAUAGGAGACUUAGAUUUAUAUACAGAACGCAAUAGUGAAAUCUUACAAAAUCUUAAGUGUAGAAAGUUAGAAAAUUUUAGAUGGUAUAAAGACAAUUUUCUAAAAAGAGUUUAUGCAUUAGCAGAACCAAAUGCCUAUCAUUGGAAAGAGAAAUUUUUAACAGGACUACCAAGACUAUUUUCUACAAAAGUAAAAGAAACAAUUGAACAAAAAUUUGGACACAUAUCAUAUGAUGACUUAACUUAUGGAGACUUAAUCACAUGUGUAAAUUUAACCGGAAUACGCUUAUGUAGAGACAUGAAACUAUAACAAAAAAUAAAAAUAGAAAAUAGACAAUCGAGAAAAGAAUUAGGAAAUUGGUGCGAACAAUUUGGAUUUGGAACAAUAAAUAAACAAAAAUAUAAAAGAAAUAAGCCUUUUAAAGACAAAAUUUAUAGACAAAAUAAGUAUCCUAGAAAGAAAUUUUAUAAGAAACAAUAUGAUAAACGGCCUACUAGAAAACCAUUUAGUAAGCGACCAUUUAAAAGAAAUAAUUAUAAGAAAAAUAAUCUUAGAAAAUUCAAUAACAAAAAUAACAUAACAUGUUAUUUAUGUAACCAAAAGGGACAUUAUGCUAAAGAACGUCCUGCAAGAAAGAAAAUACAUGAAUUAGGUUUAGAAUUAAAAAUUGACAAUAUAGAUCAAUUAUUAGAUAAAAUUGACCAAAUUAAAUUAUCUUCUUCAGAACUAGAAGAUGAAUACAGUAGUGACAAUUCAUCAAAGACAAUAGAUAGUACAGAUAGUAAUCAUAAUUGUCAAGGAGAAAUUUGUCAUUGUAACAAUAAAGUGAAUGUCUUAACAGAAUAUCAACAAGUACUAGAACAAAUAGAGCAAGUACAAGAUUCCAAUAUAAAACGAAAAAUGUUUAAAAAAUUAACAAAAUUAAUUAAUGAAGAAAUAAAACAAGAAACUGCACCACCAACCAAAUUUGAAGAUAUUGAACAAAUGUUUAAAAAUAAAAAAUCGGUAACAACAAUUUCUUCCAUGGACUUACAAUCUGAAAUAAGACAAUUAAAACUAGAAGUAAGACAAUUAAAACUAAGGUGUGAUUAUUUAGAACAAAAUCAACACAUACAACAAAAUCAAAGUAUAGCACAGAAUUUAGGAAAAGAUAAGACAAAAGUCGAAACAGACACAGAAGAAGAACAACCAUUAAAGUUUAAUGAUAUUACUAGAAUUAAAUAUCAAAAAUGGUAUGUAAAAAUUAAUUUAACAAUUAAAGAUUUUACAUUAGAAACCAUAGCCAUGCUAGACUCAGGAGCAGACAUGAAUUGUAUAGACCAAGGCAUAAUACCAAGUAAAUAUUUUCAUAAAACUAAACAAACUUUAUCCGCCGCAAAUUCAACAAAAGUAAAAAUAGAUUACAAAAUACCAAGUGCACAUAUAUGUAACAAUGGAAUUUGUUUUAAAACUAGCUUUAUGUUAAUAAAAAAUCUCAAUACACAAAUCAUAUUAGGAAACCCAUUUUUACAAAUGUUAUAUCCCUUUAAAGUCACACAAUUAGGUUUAGAAACCAAUGUAUUAGGACAGGAUAUUAUAUUUCAAUUCAUAACACCAAUUAAUUAUCAUGAUAUUAAUAUAUUUCAACAAACAAAUAUAAGCAAAAUAAAUAAUUUAAAAAAUCAGAUAAAAUUUUUAAAAAGUGAUUUACAUUCUAUCAAAAUAGAAGAACAAUUAGAAAAACCAAUUAUUCAACAACAACUAAAAGAAAUUCAAGAAAAAUUUGAAAAAGAUUUAUGUUCAGAGUUGCCAACAGCUUUUUGGGAUCGAAAACAACAUAUAGUAACUCUACCAUACGAACCAAGCUUUAAUGAGCAAAAUAUCCCAACAAAAGCGAGACCUAUACAAAUGAAUCAAGAAAUGGUAGAAUUUUGUAAAAAAGAAAUUCAAGAUUUAUUAACUAAAAAAUUAAUUAGACCAAGUAAAUCACCAUGGUCAUGUGCAGCUUUUUAUGUAAUGAAAAAUGCAGAGAUUGAAAGGGGAGCACCCCGAUUAGUCAUAAAUUAUAAACCUUUAAAUACCGCUUUACAAUGGAUAAGAUAUCCUAUACCAAAUAAACAAGAUCUCUUAAAUAGGCUUUACAAAGCACAAAUAUUCUCAAAAUUUGACAUGAAAUCAGGAUUUUGGCAAAUUCAAAUAGCCGAACAAGAUAAAUAUAAAACUGCUUUCACUGUACCUUUCGGGCAAUAUGAAUGGAAUAUUAUGCCUUUUGGAUUAAAAAAUGCACCAAGUGAAUUCCAAAAAAUAAUGAAUGAUAUUUUUAAUCCAUAUAAAUUUAUAAUCACUUAUAUUGAUGAUGUUUUAAUUUUUAGUGAAAAUAUAGACCAACACAUUAAACAUGUAAAUGUUUUUUAUAAAGCUGUAAAAAGAAAUGGUUUAGUUUUAUCAAAACCAAAAAUGAAAUUAUUUCAAACAAAAAUUAGAUUUUUGGGUCAUGAGAUUUAUCAAAACACAAUCAUACCAAUCCAAAGGAGUAUCGAAUUUGCUAAUAAGUUUCCCGAUGAAAUCAAAGAUAAGAAUCAACUACAAAGAUUUUUAGGUUCAUUAAAUUAUAUUGCAGAUUUUUUACCCAAAUUACGAAUCCUAUGUAAACCAUUAUAUAAUAGAUUAAAGAAAAAUCCUAAACCAUGGACUAGUAACCAUACUAAAAUUAUUCAGGAAAUCAAAAAACAUGUUAAAACCUUACCAUGUUUAAAUAUUUGCAAUCCUAAUAUACCAAAAAUAGUAGAAACAGAUGCGUCUGACCAAGGAUUCGGAGGCAUAUUAAAACAACGUAUCAAUAAUAAAGAACAUAUAAUAAGAUACUACUCAGGAGUUUGGAAUCCGACUCAAGAAAAAUAUUCUACAAUCAAAAAAGAAAUUUUAGCAAUAGUUUUAUGUGUCACAAAAUUUCAAGGAGAUUUAUUAAAUCAGAAAUUCACAAUUCAAGUAGAUUGUAAAGCUGCUAAAGAUGUUCUAACCAAAGAUGUAAAAAACCUAGCAGCCAAACAUAUUUUUGCCAGGUGGCAAGCUUUUUAAUCUAUUUUUGAUUUUGACA